GGGAUACCCAGCACAUUUACAUCCCUGCACCUGCCCUGCUCUCAAGACCAGCAACCACCAAAAUCCCCCCCACCAGCAGCUCUAUAAAGCUCCUCUUUCCACACCUGACACUCAGGCAACAGCAGCCACUGACCUGCAUUUGGCAUUGGUGCAACAGCCCCUUGUCCAGCACAGCACUGCUCCCAGCUCCCAGGAUGGAAGCUUGUCACUCUCAAGAACAGUUCAAUAUCACUUUAUAUGAUUCCACAGCUGUGGCUAUCAUGACCCUCGAGGUGUUUGCUGGCCUGUGGAUAAAUGCUUUCAUUGUUUCUGUGAUUUGCAUGGCUUGGGUCAAGAAGAAAACUUUGAACUCUAAUGAGAAGAUCUUGCUGGUUUUGGGAUGCUCCAGGUUUUGGUAUUUGUGCAUCACAUGGGUAUAUUUCUUUCUUUCAAUAAUUUAUCCCCAUUUCCUUUAUGUUCAACCCAGACUUCAACUAGUUGUAUUUAUUCAGAGCUCUUUAAGUUAUUCCAGUCUGUGGUUUUCAGCAUGUCUUUGUGUCUUUUAUUGCAUAAAAAUUGCCAAUUUCGGGAACAGCUUCUUCAUCUACCUGAAAGUAAAAAUUGACAGGAUGGUGCCCUGGCUCUUGUUGGGGUCAGUGCUUUUCUCCCUGGUUAUUGGCAUCAUUGCCUAUGAUAUCGCUAAUAAACCGCACUGUAACAACCGCAAUUCCACUGGACGAAGUAAUUUUUGGAAAGCAAGUAUCAAAAUGGAUAAACAUUUUUUCCCUUCUUUCUUUAUUGCUGGCUUUGGAUAUGCUGUUUCAUUCAUGGCAGUCACCUCUUCUGCUCUCCUCCUUCUCUUUUCCCUCUGGAGACACAAACGCAACAUGCAGACAAACUCCAUGAAGGACCUCAGCAUGGAUACCCACAUCAAAGCCAUGAAAUCCAUUCUCUCCUUCUUCGUAAUGUACGGCAUCAACUUUGCAUGUUUGAUCUUGAAUAUGGUUUAUGCCACGAGGAAGGGAAGUCCUUUGACGUUUCUCAUUUUAGUAUUUCAAUACGCUUUUCCGGGUGCUCAUUCACUUAUUCUGAUUUUUGGCAAUCCCAAACUGGAAAAGACAUUGCCAAGGAUUCUGCUCUGUGUGAAGUUCAAGGCUUGCAUGAGGUAGGAACUGUAAAAAACUGCCGUAGCACUUGCAAAAUGUUGAUAUUUCAUUCUAGAAAGGGAAUCAUUUAAUCUCUAAUGCAACUCUCCAGGCAAUGUAGAUGAUACAGAUGUUCAGUCUUCAUCACUGAGAUUAAGAAGAUAUCAUUCAAAUACUUUGAAUUAAAAUAGUGUGGCUUAAAUAAAAUACUUUCAAUUAUAAUUUCAUCUAGGUAAUUCUUUGAGUUAAAUUAUUGCCAAUAAAAAAUUCAUUUAGACCUGGCACAUGGGCUGGUUACAGAAGGGCAAUAACAAUACUGCAAA